AUGUUUACGUCAGCGACAAACGUUACUGAUAUUAGUCAGAAUGAAGACGUGAAAUCAUAUUCUUGGAGUGCUUGGAGUUCUUGGAGUGCAUGCUCUCGAACGUGUGGAGGUGGUGUUGCGAUGCAGAAAAGACAGUGCUUGUCCAGAUCACCUCAAGGUAUAAAUUCCAUCAUUAAACACCAUACUGCUGAUAGCCAGGCCGGACAAAUUAGAGUUACCGUCAUUUGUCAUGCCCCCAUACCGACGGGAGGCACUUUUCAUGGAGCGCGAGAAGAUAAAGAUAUGCGGGCAGCUCAAUGUUCUAGUUAUGACAAGAGACCAUUUCGAGGAAGAUUUUACACUUGGAUUCCAUACAUCGAUGGUGAUUCACCCUGUAUUUUAAACUGUCGCCCCGCUGGACAACAGUUCUAUGCAUCGCUCUCCCUAGUUCGAGACGGUACACCAUGUACGAAGCCGGGGUACAGAGCUAUAUGUGUACAAGGGACUUGUAAGGUGGUAGGUGGUGAAGUAUUAUCGGUGGUAGGUAGUCGCGAUGUUCGCUGCGGGCGGCGUCUUGUGUCAGGUCUGUUCGCACGGCCACGUCUACCACUCGGCUACUCCUAUGUUACCACCGUCCCCUCUGGCGCCUGUCGGCUAAACGUCUCGGAGAUACUCGCCAGCGAUAAUUACAUUGCUUUGAAAAUAACAAAUGGUUCGUUUAUAAUGAACGGUGAAUUCGCCGUCAGUAGUCCCGGUACUUACGAAGCAGCUGGUGCAAGAUUCGUUUACAGCAGAAAAACAGGUCUAGAUUCAGUGUAUGCACUUGGACCUACUCACGAUUCAAUCGAUAUUAUGAUAUUGUACACUCAACCAAAUCCGAGUAUAAAAUACGAAUAUUUUACGGAAUCACUGCCAGGUGAAGUUGAAACAGAGUCAUUAACAGUGUCUCCGCCAGAACCAACUGUCGUACCCAAACAUUCGAGACGUCAUCAUGGUAUUGAAUACGCUAGAGCCGGUGGAACCAGACAUCUAGAGCCAGGAGUCAAAGAGAAAAUAAACAUCGAAGAAAAUGUCGUAGCUGGAAGAAAAUUUGUUUGGAAGAUACUUGCGUAUACUCAGUGUUCAAGAAGCUGCGGUGGUGGUAUUCAGCUAGGAAAAUACAGGUGCGUUGAAGUAUCUUCUAGUGAUAGGGAGGUGUCUCCAGCACAUUGUUUGGGUUCCCCUCCGCCAGGCAGGCGUCGUCGUUGUGGAACCAUUCCUUGCGCUCCGAGAUGGCGAGCCGCUAGCUGGUCUCCAUGUCCAGCUUGUGGACCAGCUACAAAGAACCGUAUCGUUGGAUGUGUACAAGAUCAUUCGAGAGGAAUUACUAAGGUUAGCGAUCAAAAAUGUCCGGCCCCAAAACCGGCGACCACAGAAGCUUGCAACAUCCCAGAUUGUAAAAACCCUGGGAUACGCCACACAGAGCUGAAGCCCCAAGAACAUACAGAUGCCUUCCACGAUGGUUCAGUGUACACAGUCGAUGUUAACACCACUGAUACGGAACUUGGACCGGAAUAUAGUUUUACUUCCAUUAGAGGAUGGCUUUUCACUGAUUGGUCUGAGUGUGUAGGAUGGUGUGUGGGCGGUGGUUUGAAGACCAGGUCUGUUCGAUGUGGUGAUCCCUCAGGUUGUGUAGGACCUUCCCCGGAGACAUCACAAGACUGUGUCCCAUCAGUGCCAUGUGAACCCCAUGAUGGCCGCUGGUUUACAGGGGACUGGUCGAAGUGCUCCUCCCCUUGUGGGAAGCAGGUCCGAGUGGUGUUAUGUAUAGGAGGUACUGGAAGGCAUCUGAGAGACUCCGCCUGUAGGGACCCUCGACCUGAACACGAGAGGAACUGCCCUGGAGAAUGUCCAGCGACGUGGUAUUACAGUGACUGGGGUCAGUGCACAGGUAACUGUAGUAUUGGUCUGGGCGUCCAACGAAGAUGGGUGUCAUGUAUAAGGAAUGACAUCACCGUCAGUGACGCAGAGUGUACGUCACCAUCACCAUCACCACAUAGACCCUGUACACCUUCAUGUAUACCACCAGAUCUCGUUAUAGAGUCUCAAAAAUCAACGAACGAACAAACGACAAUAAAGCCGAGUCUACAAACAACUCCAUCAGGCAAAGAAUGUGAGGACAAAUUGACGAACUGCGCUCUAGCCGUACAGGCGAGACUGUGCCAUUACAAAUACUACAUUCACAAUUGCUGCGAUUCUUGUAAAUAA